ACCACUUUAUGAACACUCCGGGUGAGAAGCACCUUGAAGAGAAGCAUAACGUCAGUAACACUGCACCAAGCUCAGCGAGCACGGUGACGUUUAACAGUAAGAACAUCAGCAAGGACAACUUGAGUGAUGUUGCGGUUAAGGAGGAGAGAACGGACGGUUUGCAAGACCAAACGAAUUUGCUUCCGAGAAAACAAGUCAUUAUCGUCUUCUUUGGUGUUUGCUCAGCUUUGUUUUGCAGUAUACUUGACCAAACUGUGGUGUCAACAGCUAUCCCUAGUAUUGGCGCAUAUUUUCAAGCAGCCGAUAAAAGCAGUUGGGUAGCAACAUCAUAUUUGCUAACAACGACAGCAGCCAUGCCAGUACAUGGCCGCCUAUCUGAUUUAUUUGGUCGUAAAUACGCAUUAUUCGGUUGUUUGACUUUUUUUUUUCUUGGAAGCCUUGCAUGCGCCGUCUCACAAACGAUCGAACAAUUGAUCAUAUUUAGAGCCAUUGCUGGUAUUGGAAAUGGUGGUAUAAAAACGCAUGUUCAUGUUAUUAUAUCUGAUAUCGUACCAUUAAAAGAGAGAGGAAAAUAUCAGGGAAUCCUCACCGCAUGGACCUGUUUGGCUAAUGGUAUCGGUCCACUUUUGGGAGGCGUUUUCAGUGAAACAAUUGGCUGGCGUUGGUGUUUCUGGAUUAAUCUUCCCCUCGUUGGUAUAGCACUUGCUGUUCUUCAAUUCCUAGUUCCAUUUAAGAAGGUGACGGGUGAUUGGCGUGCUAAGAUGAAAAGGAUAGAUUACGCUGGAUCAAUCAUUAUGUUUACCUCGGCCGUAUUGAUUUUGAUAUCACUCAACUGGGGUGGAAACAAGUACGCGUGGGAUUCAGCUCCUGUUUUGGUUUGUUUAAUUAUUGGUUUACUCUUAAUGGUUGUUUUCGUAUUAGUUGAAAACUGUAAACGUAUCGUCAACUUGCCUAUCAUACCGAUGUACUUAUUUCGUAAUGUUUCAGUUUCAGCGUCAUACAUCUGUACAUUUUUUGGUGGUAUGGGCUACUUUGGCGCUUUAUUCUACCUUCCACAGUACCUCCAAGUGGUUCAUUCUUACUCUGGAACAGUUUCAGGUGCACUAAUGCUUGCACUCAUGGUGACUCAGACAAUAGUUUCAUUCCUUGCUGGUUUGGUUGUUUCUAAAACUGGACACUAUAUAUCAAUUAUAAGAACCGGAUUUUCCAUCUAUGCGGUCGGUUGUGGACUUUAUAUCUCUUUAACGUAUAACUCAUCCCUAGCAAAAUUUAUCGGUUACAGUAUCAUAGCUGGUAUCGGUGCUGGUAAUACCUUUCAAACAACAUUAAUUAGCGUCCAAGCCGCCGUUAAGAGACAGGAUAUGGCUGUUGCAACUGGUGGCCGUAACUUCCUUAGAAUGCUUGGUGGUGUUAUGUCAUUAGCAUUUUGUGAUACCAUUCUUAGGAAUACACUGCAGAAGGGCUUAUCUAAGAUGGGUCAAACUGAUGAAUUAAUCGCAGCUAUUACGUCCAACCCUAUCGAUAUCAAGAACAUAGUGUCGGAAGACCAAGUAAUUGCUACUCUUGGGAUGUAUUGUAAUGGUGUACACAACAUUUUCGCAAUGCUCACAGCUACAUCUGGUUGCGCUUUCCUACUGUCUUUCCUUAUCAAACAAUAUAGCUUAGAAAGAGAUGAUGAAAAGCAACUGAAAGAAGAGGGCAAAAAGUUUGUGGAAGAGCUGGAAAGAAAGCGCAAAAAACCAAAAACAAGUUCUAUUCAGAAGGCAUGA